GGGCGGAGCGGGAGCGGCACCCGCGGCGGCGGUGGCGGCGCGGUGGAGGUAUGGGCCGGAGCUGACAGCGCCCGCCCCGCUACACGCCGAGCGCGCUGCCGGCGGGGAGGGGAAAAGUUGUCGUCGGCCUCUCGGGAAACUUUCUGUCCGCCGCUGCGGCGCGGAGCCGUCCGGUGCGGUCGGGUCGCGUGGCGUCGCGUCGCUCCGCUCCGCUCACAGCGGGGCGCGCUGAGACGGCGGGGGGGCCAUGCCCGCCGCCAGCCUGCUGCCGCUCUUUAGUAGCGCGGCGGGGCCGGGCGCGCUGGGCGGUCCGGCGGGCGGCGGCGCGGGCGGCGGGGGCAGGAAGGCGGCGGGCCCCGGCGCGUUCCGACUGACGGAGAAGUUCGUGCUGCUGCUGGUGUUCAGCGCCUUCAUCACCCUCUGCUUCGGGGCCAUCUUCUUCCUGCCCGACUCCUCCAAGCUGCUCAGCGGCGUCUUCUUCCACUCGGCCGCCCUGCAGCCGCCGCCGCCCGGUUUCCAGCCCCGCGCCCCGCCGCAGCCCGGUGCCGGCCCGGCGAUGCCGGAGGAGGCGGGCGGGGCGGGCAGCUUGGAACGGAUCCGCGCGGACCACGAAAGGGCCCUGCGCGAGGCCAAGGAGACGCUGCAGAAGCUGCCCGAGGAGAUCCGCAGAGACAUCCGCCAGGACAAGGAGAAAGUUCUGCAGGACGCCCGCGGCAGGAAGGAGGCGGCCGCCGCCGGGCUGCCCCAGCGCCCGUUCCAGCAGCCCGUGGGCGCCGUGGGGCGAGAGCCCUCCGAUCCCGCCGUGCGACAGCGGAGGGACAAGAUCAAAGAGAUGAUGAAAUAUGCCUGGGAUAAUUAUAAGCGUUAUGCAUGGGGAUUAAAUGAACUGAAGCCCAUAUCUAAGCAAGGACAUUCAAGCAAUUUAUUUGGUAACAUUCAAGGAGCAACAAUAGUGGAUGCCCUUGAUACACUGUACAUCAUGGAAAUGAAAGAGGAAUUCAAGGAAGCCAAGGAGUGGGUUGAAAAAAAUUUAGACUUUAAUGUGAAUGCAGAAAUUUCAGUAUUCGAAGUGAACAUCCGUUUUGUUGGUGGACUACUUUCAGCUUAUUACCUUUCAGGAGAAGAGAUUUUCCGGAAGAAGGCAGUAGAGCUUGGAGAGAAAUUGCUGCCUGCUUUCAACACUCCCACUGGGAUACCUUGGGCAUUGCUUAAUAUUAAGAGUGGAAUCGGUCGAAAUUGGCCCUGGGCAUCUGGUGGCAGCAGCAUUUUGGCAGAAUUUGGGACUUUGCAUCUGGAGUUUGUACAUCUGAGCCACCUGUCUGGGAACCCUGUCUUUGCUGAAAAGGUAAUGAAUAUUCGAAAAGUUCUAAGUCGCUUGGAUAAACCAGAAGGCCUUUACCCCAACUAUUUGAAUCCCAGCAGUGGCCAAUGGGGCCAGCAUCAUGUCUCCAUUGGAGGGCUUGGGGAUAGCUUUUAUGAAUAUUUGCUGAAGGCAUGGCUGAUGUCAGACAAGACAGAUGAAGAAGGCAAGAAAAUGUAUUAUGGCGCUGUUCAGGCUAUAGAGACCCACCUCAUUCGAAAAUCAAGUAGUGGACUGACAUACAUCGCUGAGUGGAAGGGUGGACUGCUCGAACACAAGAUGGGACAUCUGACUUGUUUUGCUGGAGGCAUGUUUGCUCUAGGAGCGGAUGGAGCACCCAGUGACAAGACAGGCCAUCACAUUGAGCUUGGUGCUGAAAUUGCUAGAACUUGCCAUGAAUCUUAUGAUCGUACAAGUAUGAAACUGGGGCCAGAAGCGUUCAGAUUUGAUGGUGGAGUUGAGGCCAUUGCUACAAGACAAAAUGAAAAAUACUACAUCCUACGACCUGAAGUCAUAGAGACCUACAUGUACAUGUGGCGACUUACUCAUGACCCAAAGUACAGGCAGUGGGCAUGGGAAGCUGUAGAGGCACUGGAAAAACACUGCAGAGUAGAUGGUGGCUAUUCUGGCAUUAGAGAUGUUUAUAGUAAUCAUGAAAGCCAUGACGAUGUGCAGCAAAGUUUCUUCCUUUCAGAGACACUCAAAUACUUAUAUUUGCUAUUUUCUGACGAUGAUCUUCUUCCAUUUGAGCACUGGGUCUUCAACACGGAGGCUCAUCCCUUCCCUAUUCUUCGCAAAGAGGAUGGGAGUAAAGAAGAAAAAGAAAAAUAGAUUGAGUUUUAACUUGUUUCAUUCCUUAUGUUUGUUUCCUGGACUUGGGCAUGUGAUUUGAUUUUAAAUCCUUGAGUUAAAUUUGUAAAUCGAAUGUUUUGCAGUCUGUUUUCUUUAACAGUAAAUAUUUAUGAAUGGACCCAGACUCAUAAAACUUCAGUCAUCAGCUGAACCACUUUUUAGAAGAGAAAUGCAUCUGUCCAGAUUUUGUUAGUCUGCAGUGUAAUCUUGGCCAAAAAGAGCAGAGGAUCUGCAUGUUACUAGUUUCCAGUUAUACUUUUAAUUUGACUGCAAAAUUUUUUCUCCUCCAUGAGGAGAUGUCUGCUUUAAGCUGUAAUAUUUUGCCAUGUUGCAAAAAGCCAUAUUGAAUUAAGUAUAUAAAGAGCUUUUUUCUUUUUCUUUUUUUUGUUCUAUGUUAAUUUGUUUUGUGUGUCAUCCAAGACAAAUAUUGUGACUGUGACAGCCUCUUCUUAUGCGGGUCUAUCAUUAAAUUAUCUGAUGUAUUUCAUUGUCA